UCGGCAAUUACAACGUCCGACUUGGCAUGGAUAAUGGUCAGCACUGAUACACAUAUACAGACACAUACGUAAAGAAUAAUUUUAUAUCAUUUUCUUACAAAAUGACAACUGGAAUAUUGAAAAAUAUUUUAUGUAAAACGUCUAAAUUUAAGUUGUGUAAACCUGUUCUAUAUCAAUCUACGAAACCCCAUAUUAUUUUAUGCACCAGAAAAGCUUCCCAUUGGUAUCCGGAUAAGGAGUAUAUUGACGAAUUUAGAGGACCUACAUGGAUCCCAGAUGAAACUACUCCAAAAUGGAAGUUUCCACCAUAUUUCAAAGAUCAGUUACCACCACCAAAAAUUAUCAAAAAUAUGAAAGUUAAUUUUGGCCCUCAACAUCCUGCUGCUCAUGGUGUAUUAAGACUUGUUUUAGAAUUAGAUGGGGAAAUUGUAUUAAAUGCUGAUCCUCAUAUUGGAUUACUUCAUCGAGGAACAGAAAAACUUGUGGAGUAUAAAACUUAUACACAAGCUUUGCCAUAUUUUGAUCGACUGGAUUAUGUAUCAAUGAUGUGUAAUGAGCAAUGCUUUUCUUUAGCUAUUGAAAAACUUCUAAAUAUUGAAGUUCCAAUACGUGCUAAGUAUAUACGCACUUUGUAUGCUGAAUUAACGCGUAUACUAAAUCAUAUUAUGGGGAUUGGAACUCAUGCUUUAGAUGUUGGAGCUCUUACACCAUUUUUCUGGUUAUUUGAAGAACGAGAAAAACUUAUGGAAUUUUAUGAAAGAGUUAGUGGUGCACGAAUGCAUUCAGCAUAUGUAAGACCAGGUGGAGUGGCUCUUGAUCUUCCUCUAGGUCUUAUGGAUGAUAUUUAUGAGUGGAGUGCAAAGUAUUCGGAAAGAAUUGAUGAAAUUGAAGAUGUUUUAUCAGAAAAUAGAAUCUGGAUUCAGCGAACAAAGGAUAUUGGUAUUAUUAAUGCAGAAGAUGCUUUAAAUUUUGGGUUUAGUGGAGUCAUGGUGAGAGGUUCAGGUAUAAAAUGGGAUAUAAGAAAAUCUGAACCAUAUGAUGCUUAUGAUCUUGUAGACUUUGAUGUUCCUAUUGGUAGUCAUGGAGAUUGUUAUGACAGGUAUUUAUGUCGUAUAGAAGAAAUGAGACAAUCAUUGAGAAUUAUCGAGCAAUGUUUAAAUAAUAUGCCAAGUGGUGAGAUAAGAACAGAUGAUGCUAAAGUUGCACCACCAAGUAGAAAAGAAAUGAAAACAAGUAUGGAAGCUUUAAUUCAUCAUUUUAAGUUAUUCACUCAAGGUUUUCAAGUUCCACCUGGCUCUACGUAUACUUGCGUAGAAGCACCCAAAGGAGAAUUCGGUGUUUAUUUGGUUAGUGAUGGUGGUUCCAAACCAUAUCGAUGUAAAAUCAAAGCACCUGGAUUCGCUCAUCUUGCUGCUUUACAGAUGAUGGGACCAGGUCACAUGUUGGCUGAUAUUGUAGCGAUUAUUGGUACAUUGGAUGUUGUAUUUGGUGAAAUAGAUCGGUAGAUUAUCUCUAUGCAUUGUAAAUAGUGGACUCUGUAUAAUAUUUCAA